AGCAUCUCUUUCUUUCAUGCACUUUUCCCCUUCUCUCUCCCAUAGAGCAACUGCACGUAUGACACACGCGCUGCCCUCCUCCUCCUACUCCUCCUUUGGUUCCAGCAAACAAGUCUGGUACUAUCGCUGCCUCGGCCUCGACCCAUAAGCCAGCGCCCACGUACCCGUCCGCUUUCUCUACUCUCUACUCUCUCCCUCUCUCCCCCUCUUGGAAAAUCGACGUAUUUCGUUUAAAUUCCAUCUGGGUUUUUGAAAACAAGAAGAAAAAGAUGAAGAUGAAGAAGAACGGUCCUGCAGAGAAAAUUGAUCAGUUGCAGAAGCAGAGGAAGAACAGCGAUGGUCAAAGCGUGAAGGGGGUAAAGAGUAACAGAUUCUUGAUCACAGUAAACGUUCUUGGAAGCGCAGGACCGUUGAGAUUUGUGGUGAACGAGAGUGAUCUUGUUGCUGCCGUCAUUGACACCGCGCUCAAAUCCUACGCUCGCGAAGGCCGCCUCCCGGUUCUUGGCUCUGACGUGAACGAUUUCGUUCUGUAUUGUGCAGAUGCAGGAUUCGAGGCUUUAAAUCCGAAGGAAUCAAUCGGCUCCCAUGGGGGAAGGAACUUUGUGCUGUGCAAGAAGCAGAGGCAGCCGCAGAUGACAGAUGGGAGGUCGGAGAUGAUAGCUCAAAAGCGAGGCGGGAGCUGGAAAGCUUGGCUUAACAAUCCCUUCUGCAAAAUCAUUUUGUCUCGUUAAGCUGUCUUUGUCAAUAUUGGAGGAUCUACUUUCUUAUGAGGGUAGAGUUCUUCCACUUUAUUAUUAUUAUUAUUAUUCUGCUUCUUGAUGUGAUGAUAUAUAUAUAUAUAUAUAUAUAUAUACUUUGAUGCCUAAUUGCUGUAUGAGACAAUUUAGAGGAUAUGUCCUCCAUGAGUAAAUUCCAAAAUAUAUGCCUUUCCAUUUCGUCUUUGGAUUGUGUUGGGA